GCGGAUGUGUAAUUCAAGUUUUCCCAGAACAAGCUAACUAGCCGGAGAGUUUCUGGUUUCUUUAGCAACCGCUGCUAAAUUGGCUGUCAUUUUAUGAUUUGUCGAUUGUGACAAAGUAUUGAUUGGCGUUCUAAUGAUAUUUAGAGUUAGAAUUUAGUUAUUGUAAAGUCGGGUGGCCUGAAAUUAAAACUAAAAACUCGCGGAGGAAAUGUUGAGCCUCGCCCACUAGCCAGCUUAACCCUGUCAGUCCUGAUCCGCUAACAGCUCAUGGAGAAGCGCAGUUAGCUCAUUUAGCCGAGUUCGCUGCCCUGCUUUCACGAAUUCACCUAAAGCGAUGCAACUGAGGUGUGUCUGUUAAAGCAUAAUGAUGGCUGGUUCCCAGUGGGAGCUUCCCCCGGAGCUGUGCUGCCGGCCCAUGGCUUUUGUGGCCCUGACGGGUCUGGAUGUUGUGUACAAUGCUGUGCAUCGGGCCAUCUGGGAUGCUUUCUGUGCCAACCGCCGAGCUGACAGAGUCCCCAUCUCCUUCAAAGUCCUCCCAGGAGAUCACGAGUAUCCCAAAUGUCGCACCAAGCGGACGUCUUAUGAGUGGUACAUCCCCAAAGGCAUCCUGAAAACAGGCUGGAUGAACAAGCAUCUGAACCUGGUUCCUGCUCUGGUAGUUUUAUUUUACGAGCUGGACUGGGAUGAUCCGCAGUGGAAGGAGAAACAGUCUGAAUGUGCGACUAAAGUGGAGAUUGUCAGGACCAGUCUCCAGGGCCGGAACACCAAAGUGGCCGUGGUUUUAAUCCAAAAGAAAACUCCUUUACCUCCAGGUGAGGACCUGGUAGCAUCAGAGAGAGCACAAGCUCUGUGCACCGCCUGUGAUUUGUCCGGCAAGAGCCUCUUUGUUCUGCCGCACACCGACCACCUGGUGGGCUACAUAAUCAGGUUGGAGAACGCCUUCUAUGAGCACGCUCAGACGUACUACUACACAGAGGUCCGUCGGGUCAAAUCACACAAGGAGUUCCUCAACAAAACGACACACCAGAUACUACAGAACGGCGUACAGCCUCGUUCACGAGCUCCGAGCGCACGAGACCAACAUGCUGGAGAUCAAAACCAUGGCUGGAUUCAUCAACUAUAAGAUCUGCCGCCUGUGUUUCCAGCACAACACUCCUCUGGAUGCUAUCGCUCAGUUCAGGAAACACAUGGAUCAGUGUAAGAAGAAGAUCGGCUGCGCUGAGCUGGCCUUCGAGCACUCUGCGUGGAUGUCCAAGCAGUUCCAGUCGUUCGGCGAGCUGUUCGAUGAGGCCAUCAAACUGGGUCUGGCAGCUAUCCAGACCCAGAACCCUGGUUUCUACUACCAGCAGGCCGCCUGUUACACCCAGGACAGGAAGCAGUUGGCUCAUCAGCUCUGCCAGGCCGGAGCAAGUUAUCCUUCUCCCGAUCCACUGGACACCCAGAGCGGAGGGCUGGACUUCUACGGCCAGAGACCCUGGAGACAAGGACAUCAGAGUAUCGACCCGCAGGAUGCAGAGAAAGAGAAGGUGGGAAUUCUCGCCCUGCAAAUCAAGGAAAGAGACGUACCGCAUUCUGAGCUGAUCAUAGCGCUCCUCGGUAACGCUGUGGCCCAGUUCAAGAAGUACAAGUGCCCUCGUAUGAAGAGUCACCUGAUGGUGCAGAUGGGAGAGGAAUACUACCAUGCGAAAGAUUACACCAAAGCCUUUAAGCUGCUGGACUACGUCAUGUGUGAUUAUCGCACGGAGCGAUGGUGCGCUCUGCUGACCGACAUCCUGAGCACGGCUCUGCGCUGCGCUUAUCUGAUGGCCAGCGUGAAGGACUACAUCCUCUACUGCAUGGAGCUGCUGGGCAGAGCUUCUGAAUUGAAUGAGGAGCAGAAGUCGAGGAUUGAGAAGAACCUCCUGAAAGUUCUGAUGAACGACGUGCCCGACCCCGAGCCAGACUGUGAUCCGUCUUCUGUCAGCACUGCCAGGUCGCUGUGGACCGACCGCAUGGCUCUGGCCGGGUCCAACGAGAUGACCAUAGAAGUUCAGGACUACAUCCCUUUCAUCCAAUGCAAGGCGAAAUUCCAGUCUCCCAGCUUCCAUGUGGACCAGCCCAUCCAGCUGCAGGUCUUCGUCCGGGCCGACUGUCCUCAUCCCGUGUCCUUCAACAAGCUGUCAGUCAGCCUGAGCAACCAGGAGUACAACCAGUGGUGUGUGGCCGAAUCGUCGGGUCAGGACGACAUGACGCUGUUGCCGGGGAAACCCAAAUGCUUCAGUUUCAGCUUCGUGGCAAAGACUGAAGAUGUUGGGAAGAAGAUCGAAAUGACGGGCAUUGAGCUGAUGAUGGGCAGCGACACCGGCCGCUGCGUGUUCCUGAGCUGGAGAGGGGCGGGCGGAGACGCCGCCUCCGCUCACGAAGCGCUGCAGGCCAGCAGGUCCUCGCGGCGCUGGGGCCGCGCCAACGAGGCGCUCCCGGAGCUGGACUGGGACGGCAUUACUCUGCAGCACAGCACCAUGAUCAUCUCCAGAAUCCCAAAGAUCUCUGUGGUCCUGAGCCACCAGCCUCCCAUCCUCACCAACGAGAUGUACUGCAUCCGUCUCGCCGUCCAAUCACAGGAGGACGCUGUGGCCACAGACGUCAAGCUGACGACGGGUCUGAAGCCAGGACAAGACGCCAACCUCAGCCAGACCACCCACGUGACCCUCGACGGCUCCACGGUUUGUGACGAUUCUGCUGCUUCACUGCUUCCCGAUGUGCCUCUGGGGGACCUGCAACCCGGCGGGACGCUGGAGAAAUGUAUCUACUUCCGGUGUGGGUCCACCGGGCCCCGGGUCUUCUUGUUCCAGGUGGCCUACAGCAUAGACACGGCAGUGGAAGGACGGCAGAUCAUCUGCAAAUGUCACAAGGAUGAGACGGUCACUAUCGACACGCUGGUUCCUUUUGACGUAUCCGUCAAGUUUGUGUCCACUAAGUUUGAGCCGCUGGACCGGGUCGCCGUGGACAUUCCCUUCCUGCUGCUGACGGACGUGGUUUCCUCGUCUCCGUGGCCGCUCCUGCUGGUCUCCUCGUCUCUGCAGCUGCUCUCUCUGACCAGCAACACGCCGCAGCUUCAGUCGCAACUUCAAGAAGUGGUUCUGCAGACGUCCGAGUGCGCCAGCGAGUGCUUCUGUCUGCGAUGUCCAGCAGGGACCAACAACAACAACACCGUGGCCACAGGACAGUACCUCAUCUCCUGGAGGAGGCAGUCUUCCAGCCCAGACGGUCCUCUCAUCCAGACGACAGUCACUCUACCUCACAUCAUCCUGGAGUUGGUUCCUGUCUAUAUUUAUGCAGAGUUGCCGUCGUUCGGGAGAGUCAGAGAGUCGCUUCCAGUCCGCUACCACAUAGAGAACCGAACGCCUCUGAUGCAGGAAGUGGAGAUGGCCGUCGAACCGUCGGAUGCCUUCAUGUUCUCUGGACUCAAACAGGUGCGUCUUCGUAUUCUCCCGGGCACAGAGCAGCAAAUGCUGUAUAACUAUUACCCCCUGAUGGCUGGGUACCAAACACUACCACAGCUCAACAUCAACCUGCCACGCUGCCAGACCUCCAACACACAAGCACUAAAACGCUUCCUGCCACAACGGAUCUUCGUAAAGCCUCAGGGUCGACAGCCAGAGGACGCCUCCAUUGCUGCAGCUUGAGGAGAAAAUAAAACUAUUUACUGUAAAUACAAUAACAAAGCAGCUCCGUCUUUGUUGUUUGAGAUGGUUGUUUUCACAGAAAUGUCAUUUUUAAAACACUAUUUGUUUUGGUGUAAAAAUGCACUAUGAAUCAGCUGACCAAACAUCUGAAGACCUUCGUUUCCGGGGAGUGAAAGAGACGAUGUGAGCAACAAGAGGUGAUUCUCAGCUAGCUGUGAAAAUCAUGUAUGAAUCUGAUUUGAGCUUCAUGAAAGUUUGCCUAGAGUGUAAUCCAUGGAUUGAAUGUUGUGAAGGAUCGAUUAUACUGAAGUUAUGGAAA